AGGCAUUGGAUCUAUUGCGUGUGCUGUACCGCUGCUGCAUCAGAGAUUGCAUUUUUGUGGUCAGUCGUGUGCGCAUACUGCAUCCGCGACGCACCAUCGGCUGAAACGCGAGCGGUGACGUACCUGAGCAACUACAAGCAAAGCUGAGCAGCUAUAGCCAUGCCCGCGCGGCGGCAGCUCGCAGCCGCAUGCGUCCUCGCUUUGGCGACAGCGCUCCAGGCACCUCUACGUGUACGCCAGAGUAGGGCGCUGCACGCCGCGCCCGUCGAACCGCCGCAGACGAUCGAGACGGACUGUCUGGUGGUGGGCGGCGGCAUCUCGGGCUGUACGUUAGCCCACAACCUCAAAGUGAACAAUGUAGACUGUUUACUGGCGGAACAGCGGGACUACCUGGGCGGAAACGUGAAAUCACAUACCACCGAAGACGGCUUCACGUGGGAGGAAGGGCCUAAUUCCUUCGCGACGCAGCCGUCGAUCGUAAGGAUCGCCUACGAACUCGGUAUUAGUGACGAGUUGGUUUUUGCGGAUGAGUCGCUACCGCCGUGGGUCAACCAUAACGGGAAGCUCCACCCUCUGCCAAAGGGCCAGGGCGGCAAGGGCCCCAAGGGCCAGCUCGAAUUGGUGUUUGGGCCGAACGGUGUUUUGAAAUUUGGAUUAGUUGGUGAUUUGUUGACGUGGCCCGGGAAAAUAAGGGCGGCCAUAGGUGCUUUUUUGGGCCACCCGCCGCCACCCGACGAUAAAGAGGAAACGAUCCGGGAGUGGGUCACGCGUACAUUGGGUGAAGAGGUGUUUUUGAGAUGUAUUGAUCCGUUCGUGAGCGGCGUGUACGCGGGAGAUCCCGAGACGUUAUCUAUGUCUGCGGCAUUACCAAAAAUCAAUCGUAUUGAAAGAUACUCAUACAAUAUCGAGUGGAACAAGUUCGGCGGCUUGUUCUGGGGCGGUUUGGCGCGCCAGGUCGAAUUAACCAAGGAAAGAAAAGCCGCGCCGCCGGACCCGCGGUGGCCGGAAUUCGAAUAUGGCAAUCCGGGGAGCUUCCGGAAGGGCUUAUCCACUCUACCGAACGCCAUCGCUGUCGAAUUAGGUGAUCAAGCGAAACUACAAUGGGAACUGACGUCUGUUGAAAAAUCGGCGAAGGGCUACAAGGCUACCUUUUCUACACCGGACGGUGUACGAAUAGUGGACUGUCGCUCCUUAGUGUCUACUUUACCAGCCCAUAAGUUGGGUGGCGACGUGCUGAAGAACGUCCUGCCCGCGGCUUUGCCGCUCGUCGAGGAGGUACGCGACACUAUCAAGAGGAAAGGCGUGUACUACCCGCCCGUCUGCGCCUGCACGGUCGCCUACCCCAAGUCGGCGUUCAGAGAUAUCGAGCUGGAUAAUGGGUUUGGCAACUUACGAGAUCUACCUGGGUUCGGGUCGUUGAAUCCGCGGACCGAGGGUGUCAGAACGCUAGGUACCUUGUGGUCCUCUUCACUAUUUCCCGGACGGUGCCCGGCGGACUACAACGUGCUGCUGAACUACAUCGGCGGGUCUCGAGACGUCGGGAUUGCUGAUCUGUCGGAGGAAGAAAUUGUCGCCGAGGUCGACAAGGGGUGCAGGCAGGUGCUGCUGAAUGCGGACGCGCCGCCUCCCAAGAUUUUGGGAGUGAAGCUCUGGCCGACGGCGAUCCCGCAAUACGAGCUCGGGCACCUGCCGCUCAUCGAGCAGCUCGAGAAGGCCGAAGCCGAGACGCCGGGCUUAUAUGUGAUGGGCAACUACCGCACGGGCGUGGCCUUCCCCGACUGCGUCACGUUUGGCUACGACCACGCCAAGGUCGUGAAGGAGUUUCUUGAGAAGGCGUAAGGGUUCGACUCUA